AUGGAGUCUAACAAGGUUCCUGUAGUACAGCCAUCCCAUGGGGUCCAUCCACUCACCCCACUCAUCCCAUAUAGCAAUGAACAUUUCAGCCAUGGCUCCCAUUCACCACACCUGCCAGCCGACAUCAACCAGAAACAAGGUGUACAUCGUCCUUCUCAAACAUCAGAUAUUUCUGGUUUUUAUUCCCUCCCUCCCAGUGGAGUUGGACAGAUAACACCUUCUGUGGGAUGGCAGAGCCAGCCUGUCUGCCCUUUCCAGUCAUGUGGACUUAGACAGCCCUAUACGUCGGCGCUCUCGGCUGGGGCUACUUUCUCCAGGAUUACACAUCCAUUGGUGCUUAGCUCUGGAAUGCAUGCACCAGGACUCCCACACCCAGGCAUCACAUCUCCAUCUGGGAAACAAGAAAUGGAUCAUUACGACCGAAGCAUGAAAUCACAGUCAGAACCAAAGAGAGAAAAGGAAGCUAAGAAGCCUACCAUCAAGAAGCCUUUGAAUGCUUUUAUGUUGUACAUGAAAGAAAUGCGGGCAAAGGUCAUUGCUGAAUGCACCUUGAAGGAAAGUGCUGCGAUCAACCAGAUUUUAGGGAGGCGGUGGCAUGCAUUAUCACGGGAGGAGCAAGCCAAGUAUUAUGAACUGGCCCGCAAGGAAAGGCAGCUUCACAUGCAGCUGUAUCCUGGCUGGUCUGCAAGAGAUAACUAUUCUUCUUCAGGCUCUUCAUCCCGCGAUCACACACAGUUUAAUUCAGGGCCCCUGGAAUUCAGCAGCACUUCCUGGCCAGUUUCUGCAGCAAGGGGAAAAAAGAAAAGACGAACAAGAGAAAAACAGCAAGAUUCCAAUUCAGAUCCUGCCUCUCCUAAGAAAUGCAGAGCUCGCUUUGGCCUCAACCAACAAAUGGACUGGUGCGGCCCAUGCAGGAGGAAAAAGAAGUGCAUUCGGUACCUACAAGGAGAAGGACACUGCACCAGCCCAGUUUCUUCCAAUGGAAGUGCUAUAGAUUCCCCUCCCUCCCUUUUGGAUGUGCUCCAGUGUACAUCCUCUGCUUUUAUUCCAAACAAGCUUGCUGCUCCUGCUGAUCUCACACACCAAAACCAAGCCAAUCUUUCCUCUGUAUCUGUACAUCUCAAAACUGCUACAAGCACAUCAGGACUUACUUCUAAAUGUUCAACAGUGCCUCAUAAAUCCAUAGUGCCAAGUGAAUCCUCAGGGCACAGUAUGGUAUCAAUAGGAACAUAGUACUAAUGUGAUAAUAAGGCUCACAGAUUCAUCAGGCACUUUGAUGAUUGGUUCUGCUGCAUAUGGAAGCUACAGAGAGAAAACUCCAGCGUGCCAACAAAUGGUAGUCUUAAAGUCAGUCAAAAGCCAAAUCAGAAAACAACACUGCAGCACUAAAAGUGUUGUCUAAGUAAGGACACCAACAGUCUCUGAAAAGUAUGAAGAUAAACUUAAUUCUGGUCAGUAACUGAAUUAUUUAGUUCCUUUUCCAAUGGAGAUAAAAACAAAAUACACUGAUUUAAUUGCAGAUGAGAGGUGCUAUAAAUGUUAAAGCAUUUAUUAAACUGUUAUAGUCAGAUUCUGAGUUUCAGUCACCCAAUAGAUAUUAUACAUGAUACAAAAGUAGUUUGAUUUAUAAGUUCAAAUGUUCCACAGAAAAAGGAUAAAGCAGCCUGUAAGAAACUAAAAUAUUUAAUUAUGCCUCAUCUUUGGGAACAAGGGUAGAUUGCAUUAACAAAUGUUUAUUCCAGCAGCUUAAAGGCAGAAAUACUUAUUAGGUGAUAAAACAGGAGAAAACACUGUCUGUGUGAAAGUCUGUCUAGUGUUCCAGAUAUAAGGCUGUGUGCAUUACAACUUUUCAGCUGUAAAGAUUUUUUCUGCAAUCUAUUGUAAAUUAUGCAAAACUCAAAAAUCCUUAUUUUGCAGUUUCUUGUGCUUCUGCUAGGUAAUGGGUGGGAAGAAGGAAAGGAUAUAAGCUGUACUUCUAAUCACUAAAAAUUUACUUUGCAGCCUUUCUAGCUUCUUAAAAGCUUGCCAAGAUUUACCCACCAUCUAACUUCAAGCCUAUUGUGAAGCACAACUCUGCCUAUAAAGUAAUUUCUACCACAACUCCAAUAUGAAGCCUAGUCAUAUUCCUCAUUCUCUAUAUCCCUUUUGUCCAUUUUACUGGGAAGAUAUUUAUUUGAAAGUUACAUGCUUCUCUGGAGCCCAAUUCAUUUUCAGUGCUAAGCAAAGUUGAUUGCUUUGAACUUUAACUAUAUAAUCAAUACAGAUGUUCCCUUUCUGGUGCACUCUAGGGAUAGUAGUUUUCUCAGAGGAUAAAUACACAGUCACAUAUUGAUGCUAAUCCCAACAUACUGAGAUAAUAUCAGUGAGAAUCCUGAGCUACCAAAGAAAGGGUAGGAGAAUUCAUAAUGUGGUACAGCUGAAAUGGGUGGGUCACUUCAUUAUCAAUGAUAAAGUAGAUUCCUAUGACCUUUACAACAGUAUUUCAACAAACCUUACCUUAACCUUUCUGGAAAUCAAAGGAAGGUCACAAAAAUCACAGCUUUGAAGAGUUUGUAAGCCCAUGUCUCUAACUUUAUGGACUUGAAGCUAAACCACUGCGCUCCAUCUGAAAAGAACUCAAUAAAGCUGAACACGGAUGUGAGCUUUAGCGUGAGUGGCUAGCAUGGGAAAACGUUUUAUUUCCCCUAUUUUUUCCUCCUCCUCUAAUCAUUUCUCCUUUUUCCAAUGUGGCAUGAAUUGACAUUAAAACUAGAAGAUCACUAGCCCAAACACCUAUCUUGCAGAAAUUGUGGGCAUAUGUAUAAUUAGGUUUCCCUUAUUUUUAAUACACCUUAAGCUCACUGCUGUAAUCACUGCAAUAGGGUAAAAUGAACUAAAAGGACCUUUUCCAAUAGACAAAACUUGUAUCUAAGGUAAUCGCAUAAAAAUCGAAGCUUUAUUUAUUGGAGUAAGAGUUAUUUCAACUAAAAGCUGAUUUUGCACUACUUUUUUUCCUCUUUUUUUUUUUUUAAACUAAAGCACUAUUCUGAAAUAUUCGUAGACAAUCUUUAACUGUUGUACAAUAUUGUCACCAUGGGCAAAAUCCAAUAUUGUGCACAUGGAAGACUGCUUGCACAACAGUUUUUUCUCUUAUCUCAUGCAACCAUUCAAUCCUAUACAAUAUCUUUGAUCCCUCCCAAAACAGAUU